AUGCCGUCGGAUGCGAAGAAAGCGCGUGAGGCCGCUAAGAAGGCCGCCGCCAAAUCAAAGGGAGGCAAGAAGAAUGUAAGUUCUCAUAAACUUUAAUUUUGCUGAUAAUGACGGUUUAAGGUCACGAAGGUCGAAUUGCCUACGAACGGAUCUUCCGCGAGUCUUCCUGCACUUGACGAAGGUACUUUAAAAAUAGAGUUCUCGUCUACAAAAAUGUUUUAGAAAUUGAUCAAGCCGCAGCCACUCUUGCCAAAAUUGAGCUUGAGAACGCUGCCGCAAGAUCAGUCGCAGGGGCACUAACUUCUGAUCCGAAAGGUCUUGAUCAUCGAGUUGAAAGCUUGACGGUAAGAGACGUUACAUUUUAACUUUUCUGGUAUGUUUAUAUUCAGAUCACUUUCCAUGGUCGUGAAAUCGUCGUUGACACUAAAUUGGAGUUGAACAGAGGACGGCGCUACGGAUUGAUCGGUUUGAACGGAUCAGGAAAGUCUACUAUCAUUCAAGCGAUUUUCAAUAAAGAAAUGCCUAUUCCCGAAAGCGUAGAUAUGUAUCUCGUGUCUCGCGAAAUGCCGGCUUCCGAGAUGACUGCGCUGCAAGCUGUCGUCGACGUUGACUCUGUCCGCAAAGAGCUGGAGCACUUGGCAGAGCAUCUCGCUUCAAUGCCGGAUGAGGAAAGCCAGGAGAAACUGAUGGACGUGUACGAGAGACUCGACGACAUGGACGCUGAGCUCGCUGAGAAGAAGGCUGCUGAGAUUUUGCACGGACUUGGAUUUACAAAAACUAUGCAAAUGAAAAAGUGCAAAGACUUUUCCGGAGGAUGGAGAAUGCGUAUCGCUUUGGCUCGUGCUCUUUACCUGAAGCCAUCUGUGUUGUUGCUCGACGAGCCAACAAAUCAUUUGGAUCUGGAAGCUUGUGUGUGGCUUGAGGAGGAGCUCAGUCAAUACAAGAGAACUCUUUUAAUUGUGUCGCACUCACAGGAUUUCAUGAAUGGAGUCUGCACUAACAUCAUCCAUCUGUUCCAGAAGAAACUCGUCUACUAUGGAGGAAACUACGAUCAAUUCGUGAAGACACGAGAGGAGUUGCUUGAAAACCAACAGAAACGGUACAACUGGGAACAGUCGCAACUCCAGCAUAUGAAGGAUUACGUGGCCCGAUUCGGACACGGUUCCGCCAAAUUAGCUCGACAAGCUCAAUCCAAAGAGAAGACAAUGGCCAAGAUGAUUGCCGGAGGAUUGACUGAGAAGGCAACCACCGACACUGUCAAGCAGUUCUACUUCUUCGAUGCCGGAGAGAUCCCACCGCCAGUCAUCAUGGUGCAGCACGUGUCUUUCCGUUACAAUGAGAACACUCCAUGGAUCUACAAGGAUAUCGACUUUGGAAUUGAUCUUGAUACCCGAAUCGCUCUUGUCGGGCCGAAUGGAGCUGGAAAGUCUACUCUGCUCAAGCUUUUGUGUACGGACGUGAUGCCAACCGACGGAUUGAUCAGAAGACAUUCGCAUUGUAAAAUUGGGCGAUACCAUCAGGUGAGUGUUUAUUGA